ACGAAGUCGUGGAAAAGUAGGUGAACUCGGGAGUACAAAAUUAGUAGUUGCAUAAAUGGGAAACCAACCCUUGCGAAAUGUUAUUUUAAUUAUGUAAGAUGAAUAAAACAGACUAAAGGCAUCAAGAUUGCGUGUGAGUUGGAAUAUUAGGCUCGUUUUCAUGGAACCAGGCAAAAGGUGGCUUCCAAAUAUGAUGUAUAGCAAAUACAAAUGGUAAGUUUUUUCAAUUUUGACAUAGAGUCAGCACCUUUGACUCUACAGAAAUCGGUCAAGUCUUGUUUGAUAUUGCAACCAUCAUUACGCCUGAAACUGUGCACGUAAGGUAAAAUAAUCCUUUUUUAAAUAAAUUUUGGACAGAUGUGUGCACUGCUGCCAUAACAUGUUGAUCAACAACCUAACAGGACCACUCCUCUUGCCUUUUCGUUUAUAAGUUUCAUUCAGAAUUUUAUACUGAUUAAUUGCUAAAGCCAUACAAUAAUUGCAGAAAAAAAGUGGUUAUCAGUAAUUCGUUACUAUACUACUAAAUAUAUUUAUAUAUAUUUUCUUUCAAAAUUCAAGCGUGCCAAAUUUUACUCAACCAGUACAUAAGUAAAGAUAUGUCAUUUUUAGAAUGGCCCAAGGUAGACACCGCAGUAUCCUUUUUUAUCCAGGAUUGUUUGCGCAUCGGUUUUGUAUUUCCAAGAAGGUUUUUCCUUACCAAAAGUCUUUACGCCUAGUAAUUUUAACAACUCGUAGCAUGUUCUUUCUUGCUAGAGCUGCUUUCACAUAGAUUGGCCCUAUUUGUCAACUUUUUAAUUUUGUUUCCUGAUAUGAGCCAUAUUUUGCGUAAAUGUCUAGAAGCCGUUGAUAUUGGAUUGCUGACAAAAGAUCAGAUGACAGUUUGUCAGAUUUAAGUUCGAAAAUUCAUGUUUUACGUCUAAAAGUGUUACUAACCCUUUAACGAGUUCUGCGGCAGUUUUCAAAACAAUUGAGACCUGUUAUAUUAUGAGUCAUCUUAAAUGACUGAUUUGAAGACAUUUAUGCAAACUCUGAUAAAAAAAGCUGAUUCUGAGUCAAAAACAUUAAACUAAAAUUCAAAACUGUCAAUCUGUGAGAGUGCAGCUUUGAAAUGUCGUGGAGUUUUUUUUGUGAAUGAACUGGCAGUUUAAAAUUAAAAAUACAAUAUAACUAUAAAUGCACUGAAAUAAAUAUGUCUGCAUAAAUAAUCAUUGCACACCCAUAACACCAAAACGUAAACUCAAUAUCCAAUUAGGAUUUACACAGUUACAGAGCAACAAAUGUUUGAUUUGCAUUACAAGGAUAAACACUCUAUAGUUUGACCACAAUCUUGACUUAGCCAUCUGACAUAAGUUGUUGGAGGCACAGUGUGUUCACGGGACAUGUUUAUAUGUAGUUUGUAAUAAGAAUAACACACAAUAUACUUUACGUAAAGACAAGAAAAAUAGGAAUAAGCAAAGUGACCAUCGCUUUCGUGCAAUAGGUUGGGUUUCUAACUUUGUAAGUCAAUUUUGUGCGAGGGCAAGGCCAGACACACGUAAGUGAGCAGGCUCGACAAAAUAAUGUUGGGGUUAAAAAUGACACCGAUAGUUUUUCUUCACGAAAUGUGCCAAUAAGGGCCAGUGUAUUUUACACUCACUGUACCUUAUACUAAACAGCAAAGGAAGAGUACGACUAAUUUUUGCAAUAAGCGUUACGGAAUCUAUCUCAUUCACAGCACAAUGUGUUUACCUCAAUUCUGUGUCACAAUGUAACCAUAUUUACACAAGCAUUGCUGACCACGAACACUCAAUAUACCGACAUAUGCGAAGACAUGACAAGCACAAUCGUUUAUAACUCUUGUUAUAUUGAACAAAUAGCGAGUGGAUACUUAAACAUGUUUCCUUGUAUUUGCCAUUUUCUUUCUUCAAUACCAGCGUUCCUUGAUUUUGCAUUAUGCAGAACUAUCGCAAUCAGGUGAUCACUCAUAGAUAUUCAUAUAUAACAGAAUAAGUGUUAUUUUAUAACUAUAUUUCAUUUUUCAUUCUGUUCUUUUACAUCAUUAAUUUCUACAAAUAAUUUGACAUAUCUUUUAAAUUAUUUUAAUGUUUUGAUUGUUUAAGAGGUGAUGAGGUGGUCAACCCAGUGCUUCACAGGGAAGAUGUCAGGGCAUUCACCUGCGAAACAGUUAAAUGAAACAGUUUUAAUAACUUUGUUGAACAGAUAAAUUGACAAGGCAAUGGUUACUUAAUAAGUUCCUAUGCAAUAACUUUAUGUGCAACGUAAACACAUUAAAUACAUGUUGUUUGUGAAAAGUUAGUUGAAACUAAACACAUAUAAACGAAACUUUUGUAUAUCCUUUAUUCGCGAUUUAAUCACGAGUAAGUUAGUUUUAUUUCUUAAACAUUCAUAUUAUUGUACAUAAUAUGCUUAAAUAGUUGUUUUUAUGAUAUCAUUUCAGUAUUAACAUUUAAGGGCUUUUUUCUUGUUAUCCAUUUCGCCGAAUAUUAAGAAUUUGCAUGAGUGAUUAUUCUGCUGUUAAGGUGUCCAUUGAAGUUGCAAAUGAUGCAACACCAGGAAGUAUUUUCUUUACCAGCAAUAUAAACGAAGGUGCUGCUGAUAAUAUUGAAAUAACAGAAUCGAAUUCUUUACAACACAUAACGCUAUUAGACGACACACCAGACACUAUUCUGUUCGCAACUCCACUUUCUCAAUACGAACAGAAUCAUAAUAUUUGGGAGUUUAAUUCCCCUGAGGAGACAGACACUGACGAUGACGAGGAUGACGCCGAACAAGAGUACGAACUGCAACUAAUAAGCGAAAUAAUUUCAGACAAUGAUGGCAAUGAAGACCAUUAUAUUCCAGAAAGUAAAUCGGAAGAUGAAACACGGACAAAUGGUAAUAUGCCAACUUUCAGCAAGAUUGAUGAAUCUCUGGUAUCGAUUUCACCGGAAACAUCAUCGCCUUUAACAGUUGUAAUUUCGGACCAUUCAUCCACCAUUUAUAUUGAUAGUGACGUUGAAGAACAUUUAACCACAAAAAGAAGACGCAACUCUGAAACAUUUGUCAAUACAAAUGUUCAAACUGCUCUGCAUUCGAAAUUGAGUAAAAACAUCCAACACGUCGAAGGUCACUCCAUUUUGGACGAGGAUGUUGACAUAUUUGGUAUGUUUGGUGUAGUUAGUCACGAUGUACAGAAAGAUUCCGGCAUAGCAAAAUCACAUCAUAUCUCUACUUCUACCCACAAUACAACGCAAGACGACGAAUUAAACCUUGAAGAACUGGAUUCAGAAGAUAGGGAACUUAGUGAAUCAUCGACAUCAAAAAUGACACCAUACAUCAAGAAUGAGCUAAAAUUUGCAAUACAGUAUAAAAGAUUGACGAGAGGCGAGGACGAGCUUGUUCUAGAACCAGAGGAACCGAAGGAUUAUAAGCUUACCCCAGAUGAGAUACGAAGGCGCAAUUUACGAAUGGAGGUGAAUAGGCGUUCUGCAAAGAAGUCCAGAAUCCAUCAAAAGCACAGAGAAAACAAAAUCAUUACGCGAUACGAACAUUCCAAAAUGGAAAACGAAAGACUUAAAAAAGUUAAGGCUGACUUAACGGCUGAAAGGGAUCGACUGAAGCUCACGAUGAACCACCGUGAAAGAAAUGUUGAUUCAGUUAUAGCUGAUAAUUUCCCUUUGUUGCCAUCUACAUAAAGUUGCAAUAUAUCUGAACAACAUCAAUAUCAAACUACUUCUGAGCAAAAUCGUAUUGACAAGAAUGACAUCUGAUAAAGCCAAGCUCGUUUGCAAAAAGUUAAACACACAGACAAUCGCUUUUCAUGUAAGAACCAGGCUUAAUAAAGUAUACACCUCGAGGUAUUUUGUAGAUAUUGUGGAUAGCAUUUUUCGUUAUCUUUUUUCUUACCGUCAAAUCCUUUCCGUUACAUUCCUGAAAAUAAUUUGGAUCGGUUACCGAAUAUGUAAGAUUUUAAGGUAAACGGAUAAGAUUACUACACAAUGCAGCAUAUUCAUGUUUAAAUUUAUGAAAUUAUUAAAAAAAUGUAUAUGACCAUUUUUUCGCCUUUUUUCUCAUUUAGACAGGUGAUUAUUUUAAUAAGCCUGUUUUUUAUUUGAUGAUAUAGAUCGUGACUACAAAAUGACUUACAAAGAUGCCAACAAGUUGGUUUUAAAAUAAAAUGAAAUGAAGAAGCAUGUGUUUGAAAGAUGAACCACCUUGAAAGAAAAAGAGGAUUCAGUUUUGAUUGAUUAUUUCCCUUGCACUGAUCAGUUCUGGAGAACAUCAAUUUUAAGUACUUGUUUGUUAACUCUUUUUCGUACUUUUGUAGAUUUGAGACGACAGUUUUAAAAUCCAUCUCGUAAACGUUAUUCUUACAGUGAACUCCUUUCUGGUUAUUUCAUAUACUUCCUGGUGUUGCAUUUUUGAAGAUAAUUUGGUUUGGUAACCGGAUUAUAAUAAACGGAUUAAAUUUCUAUAUAACGCAGAAUGUGAAUGUUUUAACCAUUUAAUCAUAUUUAAAUAAACGGUAUUUUACCAGUUAAGGCGUUGUUGUUGUAUUUUUUUCCCUUAUAUUAGCGUUUGAUUGUUUGUAUAAGGAUCAGGGGCACGUUUAAAUAUAGGACCUUAAAUGUAACUUUAAAAGGACCAACAAAGACGGCAACCCUUUGGUUAUUGAUAAUCUCAGCCGUGAAAUGUUCUUAAACAUAUACCGAUGCGCAUUGCUGUUAUAAUGAAUUUAUCACAUGUUUUGGUAAUUUUCUGGUUAUAAAGCUUUUAAAUUCUGAAAAAAGAUACUC